CCACAGCCUGGCGGAAGUCUCUCCUGAGCCAGGUUUCUUCCGGGCGUCGUGGGAGGCGUUUCCACGUUGUGUUUCUUGUCCCGGGUCUGUAGAGAUCGAGUCCCGGUCCCCGUGUUCCUGCGCCUCGGGGUGUGCGGAGACCCACGAGGACGCCAGAUGCCCGGGCAGCGGGAAAUGGGGUCCCUGUCAUUUGAGGACGUGUCUGUGGACUUCACCCGGCAGGAGUGGCAGAGGCUGGAUGCUGCCCAGAGGACCCUCUACAGGGAUGUGAUGCUGGAGAACUACAGCAGCCUGGUGUUCUUGGGAUGCUGCAUGACCAAGCCUGAGGUGAUCGUCAAGUUGGAGCAUGGAUUUGGGCCAUGGAGGGUAGCAGAAGCCUCAGUCUGGAACCUCCCAGAUGUUCCUAAAGUUACUGAUCCAGUUGACACCAUCCAGAAUAAUCAGAAGAGCAAUUUGUGUCCAUGUGGAAUCACCAAGAGCAAGACAUUAAAUGAUGAAAUGUUUGAAAAUGAACUAAACUUGCACCAAAAAAUCUACCAAAAAACAAAAUGGAAUAAAGAUAAAGCAUAUAUGAAGGUGUAUUGCCAGGAGUCACAGCACACAAGAAACAUGAUGUCUCAUACAUGCAGAAAAUCUUCAUAUCACAUCUGUACUCACACUAAAUGUCAGACAAGGGAGAAUAAUGAUUACGAAUGUGAGGAAUGCAGAAAAAUGUUCUUGCAGUCAAACCACACAGUUCCUAUGAAAACUCCCACAAGAGAGAAGCCCUAUGCAUGCAGGGAAUGUGGAAAGAAAUUCACAUAUAAGGUGACUUUUAUUCGUCAUCAGCAAAUUCAUACAGGUGAGAAGCCGUAUGAAUGUGCAGAAUGUGGGAAAGCUUUUACUUACAAAUCUUACCUCACUCUUCAUGAGAGAAUUCAUAGAGGAGAGAAGCCCUAUGAGUGCACAACAUGUGAGAAACGUUUCUAUUGGAAGUCACAUCUCACUAGACACCAGAGCACUCAUACAGGUAAGAAGCCCUAUAAGUGUACAAAAUGUGGGAAAGCUUUCACUACAAAGUGUCACCUUAUUCGACAUCAGAGUGUACAUAUAAAUGAGAAGCUUUACGAAUGUGUAGAAUGCAAGAAAGCUUUGAGUACCAAGUGUCACCAUAUUCAUCAUCAGAGUGUACAUAUUAAUGAGAAGCCCUACGCAUGUACAGAAUGUGGGAAAGCUUUUGCUGCGAAGCAUUACCUCAAUUGUCAUCGGAGGACUCAUAAGGGUGAGAAGCCCUACGCAUGUACAGAAUGUGGGAAAGCUUUCACUCGGAAGAUGACCCUCACUGGUCAUCAGAGAAUUCAUACCGGCGAGAAGCCCUUUGUAUGUACACAAUGUGGAAAAGCUUUCUACAUGAAAUCAGACCUAACUAAACAUCGAAGAACCCAUACAGGUGAGAAGCCCUAUGAAUGUGCAGAAUGUGGAAAAGCUUUCACUCAGAAAUCAAAUCUUAUUAGUCAUGAAAGAAACCAUAUAGGAAAUAAGCUAUAUGAAUGUACUGAGUAUGGGAAAACAUUCACUCAGAAGUCGAAUUUUACUAUUCAUGAGAGAAAUACUACAGGUAACAAGCCCUAUGAAUGUACAGGCUGUGGGAAAAGUUUUACUACAAAGUGGUACCUCACUCAUCAUCAUAGAACACAUACAGGUGAGAAGCCCUAUCAGUGUACGGAUUGUGGGAAAGGUUUCACUACAAAGUGGUAUCUUUUUCAUCAUCAGAGAACACAUACAGGUGAGAAGCCAUAUAAAUGUUUGGAUUGUGGAAAAGGUUUCACUGUUAAGGGGCACCUCAUUCGUCAUCAAAUGACUCACACAAGAGAAAAGCCAUAUGCAUGCUUGGAAUGUGGGAAGGAAUUCACACGGAAGGAGGCUCUUGUUCGUCAUCAGAGAUUUCAUAGAGGUGAGAAGCCCUUUGAAUGUGCAGACUGUGGGAAAGCUUUCUACAUGAAGUCAGAACUCACUAAACAUCAGAGAAGCCACACAGGUGAGAAGCCCUAUGAAUGUGCAGAAUGUGGGAAAGCUUUCACUAGGAAGUCACAUCUUACUAUUCAUGAGAGAAGGCAUACAGAUAAGAAGCCUUAUGAAUGUGCAGAGUGUGGGAAAAGUUUUAUUACCAAGUGGUACCUCAGCAAUCAUCAGAGAUUUCACACAGGUGAGAAGCCCUUUGAAUGUGUGGAAUGUGAGAAAGCUUUCUGCAUGAAGUCAAAACUCACUAAACAUCAGAGAAUCCAUAUAGGUAAAAAGCCCUAUAAAUGUUCAAAUUGUGGGAAAGGCUUCACUGCAAAGUGGUACCUCAGUAAUCAUGAGAGAACACAUACAGGUGAGAAGCCUUAUAAAUGUAUAGACUGUGGUAAAGGUUUCACUACAAAGUCAUACCUCAGUAAUCAUGAGAGAACACAUACAGGUGAGAAGCCUUAUAAAUGUACGCAUUGUGGGAAAGAUUUCACUACAAAAUCCUACCUUAAUCAUCAUCAGAAAACACAUACAAGUGAGAGGUCCCAUAAAUGUACAGAUUGUGGGAAAAGUUUCACUUUAAAGUGGUAUCUCAAUCUUCAUCAGAGAAGGCAUACAGGUGAGAAGCCUUAUAAAUGUACAGAUUGCGGGAAAGGUUUCACUACAAAGUGGUACCUCUUUCAUCAUCAGAAAACACAUAAGGGUGAGAAACAAUUUAAAUGUACGGUUUGUGGAAGAGGCUUCACUGUCAACAGGUACCUGACUCAACAUCAAAGCAAAUGUAAGAAAGCUUUCAGAAGGUAACCUCACUGUUCAUGAGAAAGCUCACCCUGGUGUGAAGGCCUCUUAGUAUACAGAACAUGGAAAAGGUUUCUGUGACAAUUCAGUACAAGCUUGUCAGCAGAACUUAAGAGUGAGAAGCCUUUCCCUUAUAAGGAUUACCUCGCUAUAAGAGAAAUUCACAUAUGUGUGAAGGUCUACGUGGGAAACUGAGUAGCAAUAGUGAGGCAUACAUCACCAUGAUCUCUAUGUUGAACAUUUAUGUCUAUGUAUAACCUGUAAUCAUCAGGAAUUGGUGUAACUUGCAGAAAAUUUAAAGGGUCUCAUUGGAUAAGACUGCUGCAUUGUGACCAGUGUAAUAAAUUUCCCAAUUAUGUAUUUUUCAACAGUG